UUCAAUGGCCUUGACGCGCCUGUUUAUUCGCAGUAACAGCCCAAGACGACAGGUCUUGUAAGGCGCUAAAUCUCAUUCAAUCAGGAUGUCUCUCUUCGGAUCAGGGACUCCUGCCCAGACAGGCUCUGGUAGCCCUUUUGGAGGCUUGAACCUCAACACAAGCGCUCCAGAUCAAGCAGCCAAACGCAAGUCCAUCUUCGAUGCUUCUACCAUGUCCCGACAGCCCACUCCAUCGACUACCCAGUCAUCUCCUUUCUCUGGAUUAGGUACUUCUUCAGCAGCCCCUUCGUCUGGUGGCCUUUUCAGCCUUGGUGGCCCGGCGAAGACAUCUGCCCCAUCCUUCAGCUUCGGAAAUGCAACCACUACCACCGCUCCAGCAACGACCAGCCUCUUUGGCACUACUACUACCACACCUGCACCAAAUGCUGCCCAGGCACAACAGGCUCCGACGUCCUCUCUUUUUGGAGCCUCAGCCGCCACCCAGCCUGCUCAGCCUGCUCAACAAGCAGAGACUGCACCUCCUACCCAACCCCGAGACGCUGGCUACUUUAGUAGUUUGUUAGAGAGACAAAAGAAGAAACCACGACUGCAAGCUGAAAAGGCGGAGGGGAAAUUUGCUGGUUUGAAUCUUGACCUGGGCGAUUUGGCACGACGUGCGCAAGAGAUCCGACAUCGAGACAAAACAUCUCGACCAACAACUAGCGAUAGCCGAGCGCACUACCUACUAGCAGGCUCAGGUGUUGCACCUGGAGAAGCCUACCGUGACUUCCAUGCGUUGGGAGGCGAUGAAAAUGUUUCGUCAUCAAGAGCAGCCGCUCCAACCUUCGCUACUGAAGAUUCGAGCGCCUACCUUCGCGACCUGCGCACCAAAGGACGUGAGGCUAUGCUAAAAGAGAGUAUGGAACGUGUCUAUCGUGAGGUGGACAAUUUUAUCGAAGAGAGCCUCGGCGUCGAUUUUGAGGAACAAAAGCUCAGAGUAAUGGAACAUUUCGGCUUAGUGCCUCCCGACGAUGCUGCAGGCGACAAGUUUGCCUCUUCAAAAGGGGGUUCAUUUGCUAGGACAGCACGAAGUGGCAAGGAUGGCGCCGUCGGGGCUUCGCAGGGUCCUCGAAGCGUCUUCGGCCGCUCAGCCAUUGAAAAGUCGUUGAUCGGCGCUCCGGGCUCAGUGAAUGGUGCUUCGUCAUUCUUCAAAUCCGACGGACUCUCUUCAACAGCUGGCGGCAUGUCCAGAGGUCAAAGCCUUCGCGGUUUGAGGGAGAGGGAAAAGGCGUUUAUCACAAAGGUGGAGCAGCUGAACAAUGCCAGGCUACAAGACUCUGAAGUCCCCCUCUUGCAAUGGUUUGGUGAGGUGGAGGAGAAACAUUUGGGUGAAAGCCCUCGUCAAAUUAUCGAUGCCUACUAUGCUUUACGGGAAAUUACAAAGGAAAGUUCGUCGGCGAUCAAGGAACGAGCUUACGCUCCCGCAUACCUCGAAGAUAAGAAGCUGAAUGAUGGAACCCACCUCAACAAGCAGAUUCUGGCAGGGUCGAGAGUUCAUCUCGAAAAGUCCUUUUGGCGAGAGGUGAAGUCAUUGAUUGAGAAAAACGCGAGAGAAGCAGCGCUGGGUGGGCAGCCUAGUGUGAUCAACAUCGUUCGUGCAUAUAUCCGGCUGCGGGUUGCACGCCGAGACCUGGCCCCGGACGGUAUGGAGCUUCAACAAACAGAAGACUCAAGCAGUGGCAACAAACUCGAUUACUGCUGGGCACUCAUAUUCUAUCUGCUUCGAUGUGGCUUUGUCAAAGAUGCGGCCGAAUAUGUGGAUUCAGACCCAGCUUUCAAGUCUGUGGGUGGGCGGUUUGUUCAGUACUUGAAAGCAUACUCAGAGAGUCCGGAUCGACGACUUCCUCGCAAACUACAAGAGUAUGUCAAUGGCGACUGGAUCCAACGAGCUAAACACGGAGGGAAGAAUGUGGACCCUUACCAAAUGGCAUGCUACAAAAUCGUGGGACGCUGCGACUUGUCUUCAAGGAGCUUGGACAGUAUUGGGCAAGGGGUUGAAGACUGGUUGUGGUUGCAGUUCAGCAUUGCUCGAGAGCCGGAAAUGAUGGAAGAGAUCUCUGGUGAGCUUUAUGGACUGGAGCAGAUCCGCGAGGCUUUCUUGGAGAUUGGAGAGAAGCACUUUCAGAAGAACCAGGUUGAGGGCACCAGCGCAUAUGGCACCUUCUUCCUGAUGCAGAUCCUGUGUGGCUUAUUUGAGCAAGCGGUCGACUACCUGCACACAUUUAAUCCUGUCAGCGCCGUUCAUUUUUCUAUCGCCCUGGCGUAUUAUGGCCUCCUCCGAGUGUCGGAUUUUUCUGUGGCGGGCAACGAACUAUUGACUGUUUCAACGACGCAGCAAGCUUUGCUUAACUUUGUCCCAUUGGUGGCACACUAUACAGGUGACUUCCGCACGGCGAUGCCAGUGGCUGCGGUGGACUAUCUCAGUCUAAUUUGUUUGAAUUCCGACCUGAAGCCGGCUAGCCUUGGACAGGUCCAGACGGACGCUUGCCAUGAAUGCUUGCGAGAACUUUGUCUUGAAACCCGCGAGUUCGCCAAGUUGCUGGGAGACAUUCGCAGCGACGGCACACGAAUCGCAGGGGCUAUUGAAGUCCGUGCUAAGUUGAUCAAGCUCGAGAGCCGGACGGAAUUUUUGCGCAACAUCACAAGCCAGUCUGCGGCAACGGCUGAUCAACGUGGACAAAUCUCGGAUGCAGUUCUGCUGUACCAUCUCUGUGAAGAUUAUGACAAUGUCAUCAGUGUGCUGAAUCGGACGCUCGCUGACGCGGUGACCCUGGACUUGGGCGACUCGCCGUUGCAGCUGCAGCCAUUGAAACCACGACGGGCAGAUGGACAAACAGAGUCAACCAUCAGCGUACAAGCAGGCGGGCCUCAGUCGUCGUUGUCCUUGACGCAAUCCACAUCAUCACCCGUGGAGUUGGCGCGAAACAUGGUUUCGCUUUACAAUGAAAACGCAGCGUAUCACAACAAGAUCUCGGAGACGAAUCGAAAAGUUUGCGGAGCACUGCUUCAAUUGCUUUCCGCGCGAGCACAUUUGGAAGCGAACCCACCGCGAUACAUGACAGCAUUGGAGGAAUUGAACGAUUUGGACAUUCUGCCGCUGUCUGCGAACGGAUCAAUCCCUAUUAUUCGAUCUGCUGCCAACGCAUUUGGACAACUGCCACAGCUCCUGGCGCGCUGUGCUGGAAUCAGCGUUGUUUGGGCGGUGCGAGCUAUUGGCGGACAACGCGAGACGAUCCUUCAAAAUGGGCGAUGGGAAGCCGGCUAUGGAGGGGACGCAGAUGGCAUGAAGGACCAAUUGAACGAUAUGGCCAAGGACUUGAUGGUCUUUGCAGGAUUGGUCAAGUACAAACUACCUGGACGCGUUUACGACAUGUUGACGCGAGCGGGAGGAGAGGUGGGAGGUUUUUAAUGCAUAGCCAGAGCAUGAGGGAUGUAUCGCGUGUUCUGGUCAAGGUCAGAUAGACUAGGAGAGAGAAUCCGAAUGCCUCAACGGUCGUUCUAUCAGGAUGCUACCAAUGAGGUCAUGAUGUGUAAA